CGCCAUCCACUUCACAGCAUUGCAACUAAUAAUUUCCAAGCGAGUAUACUUUUCAACUUUUCUAAAACAAGUUCUACCGACUAGACGAAUCGAUCGGUAGAACAAGUACCUAAAAAACACGCGCAAGCGUUGCACUCCUCCAUGCAUCCCCCAUUGACGCACGUCUGCUUUCUAAUAACGACUUCAUUCCGCGAUGCCGAACGAAGCAGUGGUGAUAGAAGCUGAUAGCAACAGCAACAGUGACUACAGUCUACAAUUGAAUCGAUGGUUCUUGAAACCGAUCGGUGCAUGGCCAUCGUCUCCAUCCACCACAAGACUAGAAAAGAUAAUUUCGUUUCUUUUAAACACCAUUUGCUACAGCACCGUAAUUAUCACUGCGAUACCCAGUCUACUGCAAAUGAUUCUAGAAAACGAGAGCAUUAACUCGAAAUUGAAGAACCUAGAUUUCUUGAGUCAUUUAAUCGUCAGUAUCUUUACUUAUAGCGUGUUGUUAUUACACAACAAAGACAUACGACGAUGCGUAGAACACAUGAAAGCUGACUGGCGAGCAGUGAGCAGAAAGGAGGAUCAACACGUGAUGAUGAAGAACGCGAAAUUCGGUCGUUACGUAGCAGCUUUCUGCGCAAUUUUUGUACAAGGUAGCGUUUUGUGCUUUUGUUUCGUGACGGCUCUAAAUACGCUCGAGAUUCAAAUUGGAAACGAGACGAGAAUUUUACACGUGUUACCUUGUGCAGUAUACAAGAAGCUGGUAAACGUCGACGAAAGUCCAACAAACGAAUUCAUGAUUUUCUUGCAAAUUUGGUCUACUUUUAUCGCAAAUUGUAGUACAGUUGGGAUCUUUAGUCUCGCAGCAGUUCUAGCUGCUCACGCGUGCGGUCAGCUAAAUGUUGUUAUGUUAUGGAUUGCUGAAUUUGUCAAUGAAGCCACAGUAAAGAGCAGAACUGGUGGUUUUACGAAAAUUGGAAUAAUCGUGGAACGACAUCUGAGGACACUGAAUUUUAUAUCAUAUAUCGAGGGUGUGAUGAAUAAAAUCUGUUUUUUGGAAAUGUUAAGAUGCACGAUGGAAAUAUGUGUAAUUGGCUACUUCAUUGUGUCGGUACAUAAUUAGCAUAUUUUUAUUGUCUGCCUGUUAUUUUCCACAAUGGAUAUAGCUUUAUUCUUCUGUACAAUUGUUCUAUUCUUUUUACGAUUCCAUCUUAGGAAUGGGCGGAGCAUGAUGUUCGAAAUUUGGCAUCAUAUGUAAUGAUGUUUAUUGCAAUCUGUUAUAACAUUUUCAUACUAUGUUACAUUGGUGAACUGUUAACGGAGCAGGUAUCAUCAACACAUUAACUCUCUAAUUCUAG